AUGAACCUUUUCCAUUCUAGAUUUUACUCAUCAGACCACCACCCUCAUCAGACCACCACCUUCAUCAAACCACCGCCCUCAUCAGACCACCACCUUGAUCAAACCACCGCCCUCAUCAGACCACCACCUUCAUCAGACCACCUCCCUCAGACCACCACCCUCAUCAGACCACCGCCUUCAUCAGACCACCGCCUUCAUCAGACCACCGCCUUCAUCGGACCACCGCCUUCAAGACCGCCGCCCUCAUCAGACCACCUCCCUCAUCAGACCACCGCCUUCAUCAGACCACCUCCCUCAUCAGACCACCACCCUCAUCAGACCACCACCUUCAUCAGACCACCUCCCUCAUCAGACCACCACCCUCAUCAGACCACCUCCCUCAUCAGACCACCACCUUCAUCAGACCACCUCCCUCAUCAGACCACCGCCCUCAUCAGACCACCACCUUCAUCAGACCACCUCCCUCAUCAGACCACCACCCUCAUCAGACCACCUCCCUCAUCAGACCACCACCUUCAUCAGACCACCACCCUCAUCAGACCACCACCCUCAUCAGACCACCACCCUCAUCAGACCACCACCUUCAUCAGACCACCUCCCUCAUCAGACCACCACCUUCAUCAGACCACCACCCUCAUCAGACCACCACCCUCAUCAGACCACCACCCUCAUCAGACCACCACCCUCAUCAGACCACCACCUUCAUCAGACCACCACCUUCAUCAGACCACCGCCUUCAUCAGACCACCACCUUCAUCAGACCACCGCCCUCAUCAGACCACCUCCCUCAUCAGACCACCACCCUCAUCAGACCACCGCCUUCAUCCGACCACCGCCUUCAUCAGACCACCUCCCUCAUCAGACCACCACCUUCAUCGGACCACCGCCUUCAUCAGACCGCCGCCCUCAUCAGACCACCUCCCUCAUCAGACCACCGCCUUCAUCAGACCACCUCCCUCAUCAGACCACCACCCUCAUCAGACCACCGCCUUCAUCAGACCGCCGCCCUCAUCAGACCACCUCCCUCAUCAGACCACCACCUUCAUCAGACCACCUCCCUCAUCAGACCACCACCCUCAUCAGACCACCGCCUUCAUCAGACCGCCGCCCUCAUCAGACCACCUCCCUCAUCAGACCACCACCCUCAUCAGACCACCGCCUUCAUCCGAACACCGCCUUCAUCAGACCACCGCCUUCAUCGGACCACCGCCUUCAUCAGACCGCCGCCCUCAUCAGACCACCUCCCUCAUCAGACCGCCGCCUUCAUCAGACCACCUCCCUCAUCAGACCACCACCGUCAUCAGACCACCACCUUCAUCAGACCGCCGCCCUCAUCAGACCACCUCCCUCAUCAGACCACCACCUUCAUCAGACCACCGCCCUCAUCAGACCACCUCCCUCAUCAGACCACCACCGUCAUCAGACCACCACCUUCAUCAGACCGCCGCCCUCAUCAGACCACCUCCCUCAUCAGCCCCACCCCCUUUUAAACAACCACCGCCCCUAUCGGGAACCCACCGCCCUCAAAUCAAAAAACCCCCUUCAUCAGACCCCCCCGCCCCCCUUUCCCAUCAGAACCACCCCCUUUCAUCAAAACCACCACCUUUUCACAGACCCCCAAACCUUCAUCGGGGGACCACCACCUUUCCCAACGGGGGAACCACCACCUUCAUCCCCCCAAACCCCUUCAUCAACCCCCGGCCUCAUCAACCACCACCGUCAUCAGCCCCACCACCCUCAUCAGCCCACCACCUUCAUCAGACCACCGCCCUCAUCAGACCACCCCCCUAA